GCACGCACACACUCACACGCAGGCGGGCACAGGACUGCGCUCCGCGGCUCGGCGAGUGUGUGAGGAAGAUCCAGCCCGUUAUUUGAAGGUUAUCUCCAGCAGGAGCCUCACUCUCCGGAUCCUAUGGGAAUUCUGGUAAUCGCGGUGUUUCUCUGGGCUGCAGUCGGAGUGGGAAGUCGGCCGGUAAUCUCACCCCUUAAUGAUGCAAAGGUUGAAUGUAUUAUUCAGGAGACACUGAAUGAAGAUGGGUCACCACAUGAUUGUGGCCCACAGCUAGCAGAGGAACUUGAUGAGGUGCACAGGCAUCAGGGUCUUCUCAGGGAGCUGCAGAAACUGGCUGACGAUGAGAGGGAAAGGGAGCGCGAUGAUGAGAGGGACCGAUACGAGGACAAUCUGGCCAACGAUGAGAACGAUUUUGAGGAGACCGGCGAGGAUGAGAGGGAUCUGAGCAACCUUGCAAAAGAAACAGAGGGAGAGAAAGAAGACAAGACAGAGGAUGAUGACACCAAGAAGAAGGAGAUGGAGGAGCCACGCAUUGAAGACAGAGAGAGGGAUGAUGAAGAGGAAAGAGCCAAGGAGCUUGAGGAGCUGCUUGCCGAAGAACUCACCAAGAAAGGCAAGGAAGAGAGAAAUGACGAAGAGCUCAAAGAGCUCCUGAAAGAGCUUAAAAAGAAGAGGUAUGAGGCCGUGAAGGAGAGGGAGAUCCAGAAAGGCUCUGGAACAAAGCAGAAGGACAAGGUGGAGGAAAAGAAGAAGGAGCAGCAGGACAAAGAAAGGAAGGAAGAAAUGGCAGAAGACUUGGAGCAGCAGAGGCUCGAGGAAAGGAGGAAGAAUGAGGUGGAGCUAAUGGUGGAGAAGGAGAAGGUGGAGAAGGAGUUGAAGGAGCUGCUCAAAGAGCAGGACAGCAAGAGCAAGCCAGAGCAGGAGAGGGAGAGGAAGGAGAAGCAAGAGGAGCUGGAUGAACUCGUCAGAAAGAUGAAACGGGUGCAGGAGGAGGAUCAGCAGGAGGUGCAGGACAGGAAGAAAGAGGAUGGCGUAGAUGAAAAGGUGGGGGAAGAGAAGAACGAGAAUAGUGAAAAGAAGGAGGAUGAAGAAGGAGGCAAAGAGCCUGAAGAGAAAGCAGAGAAUGGCAUUAAGAGGGCAGAAGAAGUGGUGGAGGUGAAGGAGCCUCAGCAGAAGAGAAUGAUGGAGAAAGCGAGCGAUGAAGCCACGCGGCAGUUUGAGCGGGAGAGGUACAAGGGUGAGGAAGAGGAGGAUGAAAAUGGGCAGGAUGAGGAAGAUGAGGAUGAAUAUGUCAGAGAGGAUGAGGAGGGGCAGGAGGAGGAGGAAGACAAUGAGGAGGGUGAAGAAGUGGAUGAAGAAGAUGAAGGAGAAGAGCUCCUCGAGAUUGAAGCAGAGCUGCGCAAAGUGGCUGCAGAGCUGAGGGAACUUCGCAGAGGAUAAGACACCCAUAACACACAUAUACACAAACACACACACACACAUGCAGUGGAAUGACAAAGCCCCUUUGUUGCAUUCACACAUUCAACUCACUCAUUUUCCAUUUAACAGCCUUCAAAUCCCUUCCAGCACUCAGAGGAAUCUGUAAAUGGACAUUAGUAGAAACUGUACAUACUGUUGGUUCAUUUCCACUUUUAGAUUGCCUGGAAAAAGCUGUUCUUGGUCCUCAUUUGGAUGCGUUUUUCGUGUUGAACAAAAAGAGAUGCAGUUUUCCAGACAAUCUGAAAGCUUGUGUUCAUCCCUGUCUUGACUAUCUGUAAAUACUGUGUGUGCGGUGGACAGGUGAUAGAUGCAAAGCAUUCGACACUUUCAUUCAAAUGUUAGUUUUGAUUGCAGAUUGCCAGCCACAAAUGGUCCUAGCAGUCAGAGCUUGUUUACUCUCAAGAUUUCAUCUUUGAUGGCGUGUUCUUGAUGGGGGAAAAAAAAAACAGUUUCCCUACUAUAAGUAGUUAGUGUAUUUUAAUAUACAGUAUAUUUUGUGCAAUAAUUGAUAACUCUGUGUACCCUGCUGUUCCGACUGUUAACAGUAUGUACUACUGAUAUUUGUACCCAGGAGUAAGUCAUUAUCUCCUCUUCAUUUCUUUGAUGACAGUAGAAAUGAGGAUUGUUGUUUCAUUUGGCUCACGCACUGUUACAGCCAGACUGUUUGCGACGAACCGGGGUGACACGAGCAAAACACACACUUGCACGUACAUCACACGUUAAGUUUGUCUUUUGCGUGGUUGAUUGUGUGGCAGAAGGAGGUGAUGUGCUUACAGCUUACAAGGUCUAAAAGUGUCACCUCAGGUUUCUCAGCCAGCUUUGCACUCUUAUCUUAACAAGCCAAGGAGGAGCUGAAGGAAGGAGGAAAGGAAACACUAAAGCCAUUUGUUGUCUUUUGGUAACAGUAACACUGACGAUAAUGUAGACAAACGCUCAGUGGUGUUACAUCCCAGUUUUUCAUGGCUGUCGUGUCGUUUGUGUAAAUAUCAGAUAUGUAGUCUGUAAGCCAAGGUCAUAGGAAAUAUGAGGCAACACCGCCCCCAAGAGGACACUGGUCAGAUAUGCACUUGGUGCAGGAUUAACAGGGUUACUACUGGAGGCCCACUUAGUGCAAUAACACAGUAUAGACUAGCGCACAUGUGAAUGCAAUAAUUACUGAAUUAUUUAAUGUAUUUUAAUAUGUAAUCAAAGUGCAUCAUGUAGUACUUGUACACAAAUAUUUCUCUUUUUUCUACACAGCUGAGAUUUACAAUACAUUUAUGUAUUUGAACACUGGUGGAGCAGCUAGUCAACUUGUGCAAGCACGGUAAUAAUACACAUUAUUAAUCAACACUGAAGAGCUCAUUACUGUCUAUUCCAAAGAGGAGAUGUUUGUUCCCUUAAGGGUUAAUCAACAUGAAUGUACUGUAGUUUCUUUUUCUAUAGAAAAUGUUUCAACAAAAUGUAUCUUACAAACCAGCAAGAAAGAAAUGUCUGUGGGGAGGUGACACACUCGGCAUAGAGGACAUUUUAAACAAUAGGGAAAAAAGUGAUAAGAAAAAGUCAUUUGUAAUAUUACUGGCCAAUCAGAGUGCUGUAUUUUGUGCCUGCUGUAUCUUCUUCUAUGCUACCUGUCAAUAAACAGAAAAGUGUAUUCAAGCA